AUGUCCGAUGGAUGGUCUGAUCAGAGAAAGAGAACAAUGAACAAUUUUCUUGUGAAUAGUCCAGCUGGUACUGUGUUCUUAUCUUCGGUAGAUACCACUGAUAUUUCAAAAACAGCUCAAAAAUUAUUUGAAUUGUUAGAUGGUAUUGUGGAAAAAAUUGGAGAGGAUAAUGUUGUGCAGGUCAUCACCGAUAAUGCUUCUAAUUAUAAGGCAGCUGGAAAAAUAUUGAUGGAAAAGAGAAAAAGAUUGUUUUGGACCCCUUGUGCUGCUCAUUGUAUUGAUCUAAUGUUAGAAGAUUUUCAAAAGUUUGAUUCUCUCCACAAAGUUACUAUACAAAAAGCGAAAUCAGUGGUUACAUAUAUUUAUUCAUGGGGUACAGUUAUUAAUUGGAUGAAACAGUUCACUAAUGGCAAGGAGUUGAUUAUACCUGGAGUUACUCGUUUUGCUACUUCAUACUUGACCAUGAGACGUCUUAGCGAGCUGAAAGGGAAUUUGUUUAACUUUUUCUGUUCGGAUAAAAAGAAAACAAGCAUGUAUGCUAGGAGAAACAAGGGGAAAAAAAUUGAGAGCAUCAUUUUUGAUAAUCAACAAUUUUGGCCAAAUGUGGAGUUAUGUUUAAAGAUAGCUUCGCCUCUUAUCAAAGUAUUGAGGAUGGUUGAUUCUGAUGAAAAACCAGCCAUGGGCUUUCUCUAUAAAGCUAUUGAUCAGGCAAAAGAAGAAAUCAAACAAAAUGUGAACAAUAUUCGAAAGAGAUUUGAAUCGGCAUUUGCUAUCAUUGAUAAAAGAUGGGAAGAUCAAUUGAGUCAUCCUUUACAUGCCACGGGUUAUUAUUUGAAUCCUCAAUUUCAAUAUAGUCCAGAUUUUCAGUCGGAUGCAAAUAUAAAACGUGGCCUUUAUGAUUGCAUUGCUAAGAUGGUUCCCGAAUCUGGUGAAAGGGUGAAGAUUGAUUUGCAAUUAGAUGAUUUUCGACAUGCAAAUGGAUUAUUUGGUCAUGAAAAUGCUGUACUAACAAGAAACAAGAAAUCUCCUGCUGAUUGGUGGGAAUCUUAUGGCGAUGAGUGUCCAGAGUUGAAAAAUUUUGCCAUUCGAAUUCUCAGUUUAACUUGUAGCUCUUCUGGAUGUGAGCGAAAUUGGAGCGCAUUUGAAUUGUUGAGAGAGAGACAAAGGCAAAGGCAACGUGUUAUUGAAGAAAUUCCUUUUGAGAAUUUGCCUUCAGAUGAUGAAUGGGUGACAGAGAGAGAAAAUCCAACUCUUCCAAGAGAAAAUAGCUGGUUACGAGUUCUAGAUGACAAUCCCAAAUGUGACACUUCAGAUGAAGAGGGAAAUGAAGAUGAUGAAAUUGAAAUACUUACAAGAAAUGUGCAGAGAGUUUAUGAUCAUGAAGAUCGUCAAACCCAUGUCCGUCGAAGACAAGUUAAUAAAAUGAAAGAGAUUCAUGUUAUUGAUGAGGAUGAUGGGCCUUCAACUGAAUUCGACCGCCAAGAUGAUGAUUAUCUUGAUAUGGUUCCCGAAACUGAUCUUCAAAUGGGAACUAAUGAUUUGGAUGAUACUAAUUUGGAUGGAAUGUACAACUCUCCAUUCAACUCAUUUCAAGAUUCAUCAUCAAGUCCUGUGAUGAAGCAAAACAAUGAAGACGUGGAACAAUUGAACUACAACAAAGAAAGAGCUGAUGAGAUGAGUGAAGAAGAGAUAGAAAUGAUAGAAAAUGAGGGCAAUGAAAGAGGACAGCAAGAGAUGGAGAUGAAGGAGCUGGUCCUUUUGAGAAAAAACAAAGGAAGAAGAAAUCUAGUAUAUGGGAUGAAAUGA